ACAGACAGUAUUAGCUCUCCAACUUUCAACGAGUUAUGAGCGGCGUUUAGUCAAAUGGGUUCUGAGGAUAAAAUAAUCCGCUGGAUCUGCCGGCUAACAGCCAUUACAGCUUUCUUCUUGAUCGGCUUUAUUAUUGGUUGGUUUGCUCGACCUUCUUCUGUCAAUCAUGAACGCACAUCAAAAAGCUUCCUGCGCGACUUUCUGGAUGAGAUGCAUGCAGAGAAUAUUAAACAUCAUCUCAGGAAGUUCACAAGGCUUCCACAUCUGGCCGGAACGCAGCAGAAUCUGAAUCUAGCAGAGCAGAUACGCAAUGAAUGGAUGGAGUUCGGGCUGGACUCAGUAGAGCUGGUUCCAUACGAUGUGCUGCUUUCAUACCCAAAUAAAACUAAUCCCAAUUACAUCUCCAUAGUGGACCAGCUGGGCAAUGAGAUCUUCAAAACCUCUCUAGCUGAGCCGGUUCCAGAAGGUUAUGAGGACGUGGCUGAUAUUGUCCCUCCGUACAGCGCGUUCUCUGCUAAAGGACAACCAGAGGAUGAGCUGGUGUAUGUGAAUUAUGGACGGACAGAGGAUUUCUUUAAGCUGGAGCGUGAGCUGGGAAUAAACUGUACAGGAAAAAUCCUCAUCGCCAGAUACGGCAAAAUCUUCCGGGGGAAUAAGGUGAAGAAUGCGGUGCUAGCGGGCGCUAAAGGGAUCAUACUGUUCUCGGACCCUGCGGAUUACUGGGCGGAGGAUGUAGAGCCAUACCCUAAAGGCUGGAAUCUGCCCGGUGGAGGCGCUCAAAGGGGGAACGUGCUGAAUCUGAAUGGAGCCGGAGACCCUCUCACACCAGGAUACCCUGCUAAAGAAUACACAUACAGGUCCAGUCUGGAGGAUGCAGUGGGCCUUCCCAAAAUUCCUGUGCAUCCCAUCGGAUUUCAUGAUGCAGUUCAUUUGCUGCAGAAUAUGGGAGGACCUGCUCCUCCAGACAGCUGGAAAGGUGCGCUUAAUGUCUCGUACAGAAUCGGACCGGGAUUCACAGAUGGUUUCCGUCAGAAAAAAGUGCGUAUGAACAUCCACACUAACAAUCAGGUGACCCGUAUCUACAAUGUGAUUGGCUGGAUCAGAGGAGCAGUCGAGCCAGACCGGUACAUUAUUCUGGGCGGUCAUCGAGAUGCGUGGGUGUUCGGAGGGAUUGAUCCUGUGUCUGGAGCUGCGGUGGUGCACGAGAAUGUGAGAGCGGCGGGAAAACUCAUGAAAAAAGGUUGGAGGCCGAGGAGGACACUGAUCUUCGCCAGCUGGGAUGCAGAAGAGUUUGGGCUGCAGGGAUCCACAGAAUGGGCAGAGGAUAAUGCCAGAGUCCUGCAGGAGCGAGCGGUGGCCUACAUCAAUGCAGACUCUGCUAUUGAGGGUAUGUACACUCUGAGGGUUGACUGCACUCCUUCUCUACACACUCUCGUUUAUGACAUUACAAAAAAGGUUUCGAGCCCAGAGGAAGGAGAGGAGGGCAUGAGUUUAUACGAGAGCUGGCACAAACGAGACAACUGGCCAGAAAAAGACAAGCCAUGGAUCAGUAAACUGGGCUCUGGGAGUGAUUUUGAGGCAUAUUUUAUCAGGUUAGGAAUUAUGUCUGGGAGGGCGAGAUACACCAAAAACCGGAAAACAGAGCGCUACAGCAGUUAUCCGGUGUAUCACAGCGUUUACGAGACUUAUGAGAUCGUGGAGCGUUUCUACGACCCUCGAUUUCGCAGACUGGAGGCGGUGGCUCGUGUUCGGGGCGGACUGAUCUUCAGUUUAGCCGAUUCUGCAGUUUUACCUCUGGACUGUGUUGAAUACGCCACGUCUCUCUCCACAUACGCCAACAGCAUUCACCAGCUGGCAAAGAAGCAUCCCGAGGCCAUGCAGCAGUACGCGGUCUCAUUCGAUUCGCUCUUCUCUGCAGCUGAAAACUUCACAGUCGCGGCAAGAGACUUUCAUCAGCGCCUAGAUCAGCUCGACUCCUCCAAUGCUCUGGCCGUGCGGAUGGUGAAUGAUCAGCUGAUGUAUUUAGAGAGAGCUUUCAUAGAUCCGCUGGGUUUACCCGGAAGACCCUUUUACAGGCAUAUAAUUUUUGCACCCAGCAGUCAUAAUAAAUACGCCGGCGAGUCUUUCCCAGGGAUUUAUGAUGCUCUGUUUGACAUCGAGAACGCAGCGGAGCCGGAGAACGCCUGGAAUGAAGUCAAACGGCAGAUCAGCAUCGCCGCAUUCACCGUCAACGCAGCUGCUGAAACGCUCAAACCUGUCGUCAGCGAAACUAAAACAUCUAUACACAACUAAAUAAUAGUACUCUAAACAUACAAUAGUGACUAUAAGGGACUUGAGAUUUGGUCUGGCUCUUAAGAGGUGACUUAUAGAAUAAAUAAUAAACGGUCAUCAUUUACCCA